AUGCUGCAUGCGACAUCACACUCCAGCAGACAGUGGAGGCGAAGAAUAGACGCGCUGUGCGCCGGAACACUGCCCGAGGCGCCGAAAACCCCAGGUAGUUCCUGCUUUAGCUUCAGCUUCAGCCUCAGCUUCAGCCUCAGCUUCAGCCUCAGCCUCAGCUUCAGCCUCAGCCUCAGCUUCAGCCUCAGCUUCAGCCUCAGCCUCAGCUUCAGCCUCAGCUUCAACCUCAGCUUCAGCUUCAGCCUCAGCUUCAGCUUCAGCCUCAGCUUCAGCUUCAGCCUCAGCUUCAGCUUCAGCCUCAGCUUCAGCUUCAGCCUCAGCCUCAGCCUCAGCUUCAGCUUCAGCCUCAGGUUCAGCUUCAGCCUCAGCUUCAGCUUCAGCCUCAGCUUCAGCUUCAGCCUCAGCUUCAGCUUCAGCCUCAGCUUCAACUUCAGCCUCAGGUUCAGCUUCAGCCUCAGGUUCAGCUUCAGCCUCAGCCUCAGCCUCAGCUUCAGCUUCAGCCUCAGCUUCAGCUUCAGCUUCAGCCUCAGCUUCAGCCUCAGCUUCAGCCUCAGCCUCAGCUUCAGCUUCAGCUUCAGCCUCAGCCUCAGCCUCAGCCUCAGCUUCAGCUUCAGCCUCAGCUUCAGCUUCAGCCUCAGCUUCAGCCUCAGCUUCAGCUUCAGCCUCAGCCUCAGCCUCAGCUUCAGCUUCAGCUUCAGCCUCAGCUUCAGCUUCAGCCUCAGCUUCAGCUUCAGCUUCAGCCUCAGCCUCAGCCUCAGCUUCAGCCUCAGCCUCAGCCUCAGCCUCAGCCUCAGCGUCAGCCUCAGCGUCAGCCUCAGCCUCAGCCUCAGCUUCAGCUUCGGCUUCAGCCUCAGCUUCAGCUUCAGCCUCAGCCUCAGCUUCAGCUUCAGCCUCAGCCUCAGCUUCAGCCUCAGCCUCAGCCUCAGCCUCAGCGUCAGCCUCAGCCUCAACCUCAGCCUCAGCCUCAGCCUCAGCCUCAGCCUCAGCCUCAGCUUCAGCUUCAGCCUCAGCUUCAGCUUCAGCCUCAGCCUCAGCCUCAGCCUCAGCGUCAGCCUCAGCGUCAGCCUCAGCCUCAACCUCAGCCUCAGCCUCAGCCUCAGCCUCAGCCUCAGCCUCAGCCUCAGCGUCAGCCUCAGCCUCAGCCUCAGCCUCAGCGUCAGCCUCAGCGUCAGCCUCAGCCUCAGCCUCAACCUCAGCCUCAGCCUCAGCUUCAGCUUCAGCCUCAGCGUCAGCCUCAGCCUCAGCUUCAGCCUCAGCCUCAGCCUCAGCCUCAGCGUCAGCCUCAGCCUCAGCCUCAACCUCAGCCUCAGCCUCAGCCUCAGCCUCAGCUUCAGCCUCAGCUUCAGCUUCAGCUUCAGCCUCAGCCUCAGCCUCAGCGUCAGCCUCAGCGUCAGCCUCAGCCUCAACCUCAGCCUCAGCCUCAGCCUCAGCGUCAGCCUCAGCCUCAGCCUCAGCGUCAGCCUCAGCGUCAGCCUCAGCCUCAGCCUCAGCCUCAGCGUCAGCCUCAGCGUCAGCCUCAGCCUCAGCCUCAGCUUCAGCCUCAGCCUCAGCCUCAGCGUCAGCCUCAGCCUCAACCUCAACCUCAGCGUCAGCCUCAGCCUCAGCGUCAGCCUCAACCUCAGCUUCAGCCUCAGCCUCAGCCUCAGCGUCAGCCUCAGCGUCAGCCUCAGCCUCAGCCUCAGCCUCAGCGUCAGCCUCAGCCUCAGCCUCAGCCUCAGCUUCAGCCAGAGAGGAAACACUUCACGCUACUAA